GUAGGCUUAUCUUUCCAUCUUGUUGUGCUGGGAGAAUGCAUAUCUCUUGCAAGCCAGUGCACAUUGUUGUAGCUUCAUUUUAUGUUUCUGUUCUUCUAUUCAGUGAAUGCAUAGCCCAUGAGGAAGAGGAGAACCAAUUUAGUAGUCACAAGAGCACAAGUCAGAACAAAGUUUACAAGGUAAAUCAGCAGAAGACAUCUGAUAUUGCAGUACAUGGAUUGCUCCUUUGGGCUUCAACAGGGUUGUUAAUGCCUCUUGGGAUACUUACCAUCAGAGGGUCUAUUAAAGCAGAACCUGGAUCGACAAGGAGUAAAGUCCUCUUCUAUCUCCAUGUUUGUUUUCAGAUGCUUUCAGUGCUUCUUGCCACAGUUGGAGCUGCUAUGUCCCUGAAAAAGUUUGAGAAUUCAUUUGACAACAACCACCAAAAAUUAGGCCUGGCACUUUAUGGUGCUAUAUUGAUGCAAGCCUUCGUUGGUUUUUUCAGACCACAAAGGGGAAAGAAAGAGAGGAGUUAUUGGUACUUACUACACUGGAUACUAGGGACAAUAGUUUCUCUUGUGGGGGUCAUCAACAUAUACACUGGUUUAAAAGCCUAUCAUAAGAGGACCUUAAAAAGCACAACCCUUUGGACUAUCCUUUUCACGGUGGAAGUCUCUUUCAUUGGAUUGAUUUACCUCUUCCAAGAUAAAUUGGAAUAUAUGAAAAAGCAAGGAGUGAUUGUAGGAAGUGAGUCAAAUGUGUCAUCUAACCAAGAUAUUCCUCAAAGGCAAAAUCAAAAGGAGUUGUUGCCAGUUGCAUGUGGAAAGAGAAAUGCACUUGAGAAUUUGUUUGACUAAUAUUGGACUAUCUUUAGCUUACAUUUUUCUAGAGCUUUGGUGGUUAGGGGUAUUGGCUUGUUUUCACUUUAGUUUUUGGUGCCUGCACUUUAUGCAAGUGGGAGGUGAUUUUAUGAAAGGCAAGCUGAUAGAGUGCAUUCAUCAAAAGGUGAAGUUUGAUUGGUGCAUGUUAUCUCUUUUCUUUUUCUUCCCUAUUUUUUAAUGCAUAUUCUUUCACAUGUAUAACGAAUAUUAUAAGUGUGCGUGUGGAUACU